CGCCUUUUCCCCGCCGCCGCCGCCGCCGCCCGCCCGGCGCAGCCCUGCGGAGCUCGGGGCGGCGGCGCCCGGCCGCCGGCCAUGGCCGUGCCAGCCGCGCUGCUCAGCCCCCACCACCUCCUCUCCUUCUGCUUCCCCGCCGCCGGCAGCCUCCUGGGCUAUGCCGACCUGGAGAAGGGCUACGAGGGCGGCGGCGAGGGCGACGCGGGGGACUUUCGAGAAGCCACCCGGGACCUGCUGAGCUUCAUCGACUCGGCCUCCAGCAACAUCAAGCUGGCGCUGGACAAGCCGGUGAAGUCCAAGCGGAAGGUGAACCACAGGAAGUACCUGCAGAAGCAGAUCAAGCGCUGCACCGGCAUCAUCGCCGCCGCCCCGCCGCCGCCUCCCGCCCCGCCGCCGCCCGCCGCCUCCUCCUCCUCCCCGCCCGCCGCCUGCCCCGCCAAGCCCCCGCCGCGCCGGGAGGCCUCGCAGGCGGCCAUUAGCCUCCAGAGCAAGAGCCUGGCCGCCCUCUUCGGCUCCCUGCAGCCGGGCCGGGGCGCGGCGGGCGGCGAGGCGGCGGGGGGCGGCGGGGCGGCGGGGGGCGGCGGGGCGGCGGGCGGCCCGCGGAAGGUGCCGCUGCGGGACCGCAACCUGCCGCCCUCCUUCUUCACGGAGCCGGCGCUGCCCGCCGCCGCCUCCUCCUCCUCCUCCUCCUCCCGCGGGCCGCCGCCGGACGCCAAGGAGCUGGAGAAGGCCGGCGGGGAGGCGAGCGAGUUCUUCGAGCUGCUGGGCCCCGAGUACGGCGGGCUGCUGCCCGAGCACGCCGCCCCGCCGGACGCCUUCCCCGCCGCCCGCCUGCCCGCCGAGCUGGGCCUGGAGCACGGCCUCUACGAAGUGCCGCUGCCCGCCGCCCACCACCCUCUGCUGGGCGGGCUGCUCUACCCCGAGCCGCCCUGGAGCCCGGCCGGGCCCUGCAGCCCCCCCAAGAAGGCGCCGGCCGAGGCGCUGCGCCCGCUUUACCCCGGCGGCGGGGAGCCGGGCCCCGGCGGCGGCGGCGGCGGCGAGGAACCCGGUGGCCACUUGCCGCCGGGCUUCGCCCCCUUCUUCCCCGAGUGCCCGCUGGCCCCGCCGCAGGGGCCCUACGAGUACGGCGCCGGCUUCCCCCGCCCCGCCUACCCCGGUCUGUAGGGCAGCGGGGGGGAGGGGGGGGGGGGGGCUCGGCCCCUCGCCCCCAAGUGCCCCCCCGGUACGAUGAGACGGAACGGGGGGGGGGGUGGGGGGAGCGGGCGAGCCCACCCGCGGGGAGCUGACGGACGCUCGGGGGGUGAGUGGGGACCUCCCGCCGCUCACGCGUGGGGCCGGGGGCUCCGCUCGCCCCACCGCGCGUGUGUGUGGGCUGUGUGUGUGUGUGUGUGUGUGUGUGUGUUUCCCCCCUCCCCACCCAGACCCACGCAGGAUUCACCCUUGUGCUCUGCGAGUCGCCUCCUCCUGCGGUUUGGGAGACGCUGCAAAUAAAAUGUGAAAUACUGGGUUCCUUCAGGUGUUUUUCUACUUUUCCUUAGCCUUCCGUAGGGGUCAGGUUUUGUUUUAUAGGCAGACGUGGCUUGGGGUACCUGUCUCGGGCGGCCUUGCGACGGGGGCUGCUCUUCUUGAAGGCGGCCGUGACGACUUGUAAAUGAUUUCGGUCUAAAAGUAAGACUCCGUCACGUCUUGCGGCGCACUUAAAAUUUCUCCCGGGCUGGUGUGCGUUGCAAGCGCUGAUGGAUGCUCAGUUGAGGACACAAAUGGCGAGGGGGGGGGAAUUAUUAAAAUAAAGCAAAAUUAAAAAUGCUGCUACCAAAACAUAAAGUCCUGAAAUUUAACAGUGUCUUGCAGGAUCUUACAAACAGUGAUAUGUAAGUUAAUUGAUGAUGUAAGUUCGGGACAAAAAUGUACUGUAGCCACCGCGGCGAUGUGAUUCCUACAGACCGUUGGAUUUCUUCCAGGAAUGUGUCAAAGCUCGGAAAGCAAUGCGGCUCGGUCUCAGUGUGUACAGGAGAUUAUUUGAUAAUCAUUUAAGUUAUGUAAAAGAGUCUAUGAUAGGUCCUAUAAAAAUAAAGCUACACAAUAGAUCCAA